AUGAAUUACCAAAAUAUUCCACUUCUGGAAAAUGCUGAACCUGGAUCUCAGUCAUUUUCCAAAACAAAAAGUGAUGAGAAAUAUGAAGAGGAACCCCUUGAAAACCGACUCACUGUUGAUGACUUCAAGAAAAUACAAAACUUUUUUGAGCCACCAGAAUUGGAUCACACAAUAUGUAUGACCAGAGAAGAGUUCAUGGAAAGGAUGCCAGAAGUCCUUGGCCAUGGGACCAAGGAAGAGUAUGGGGAACUGUUUGAUAAAGUUGAUGUGGCCCAGGAUGACAGCAUUACUUGGGAUAAGCUGAUCUCCUUGGUACUGUUGAAUCUCAGUGAGAAGGAUGAGAGAGCUAAAUCUGCUGUGAUUCCCCAGUGGAAGGACCCUCAGCUGCUUCCAAUGAUACACAAAGAUGCGAUCCAGAAAGUGAUCUUCCUGAAAAGUUCAAGCCGUUACCUGACCGUAAGCAAGGAAGGAUUGCUUGGCAUUUGGGAAGAGAAUUUAAAACUUCAAGAAAAAUUACCUAUUACUUCAGAUGUUAUCAAGCUAAAAAACCUAUGGGUGACAAGUCUAGUUUCUCUGGAAAAUGUAAACAAGAUAGCUGUGGCUUCCACAAACAAAGAGAUUUGUUUCUAUGACCUGCUCUCUACUAAAGAAUUCUCUUGUCAAUACAAGCUGCAAGGUCUUGGGAGUACACCUGUAUGCAUGCAUUAUUGGUAUAACCCUCAGGAUGCUAAUGAAUCAAUUCUCACCUUUGGAGACAUAGCUGGAAAGGUUCAAGCAAUCUCCUUCAGCACAGCCUUGAUCUCCUUGUUUGAAAAGCCAGCAAUGAGUCCUUCUGAUGAGGAAACCACAAUGACCAUUAACUGGGCAGACCUGGUAUCUGGCUAUCACAGAUGCUGUUCAACAUUAGAGCACAGACUUCAUAACCAAGAGUGGGUCCGGCAAGUGAUUUAUGAUGCUUCUUUAGAUGCCAUAAUUUCCAGCACAACUAGCCAUGUGAACACAGUGGUACUGGCUUGGAGGGAGAAAUCCAAGCAGAAGUGGAUUAAGAAGACAUCCUUCAACAUUGCUCAGGGCAUUCAUACUUUUGACUACCACUCCCGCCUCAAUUUAAUUGCAACAGCUGGACUUAAUCACAGAGUCUGCCUUUGGAAUCCCUAUGUUACCUCUAAACCCACUGGGGUUCUGUGGGGUCAUUCAGCCUCUGUUGUAGCUGUGCAAUUCUUCACUGCCCGAAAACAACUUUUCAGCUUCUCCAAAGAUAAAGUGUUGAGACUCUGGGAUAUCCAACAUCAGCUCUCUAUUCAAAGGAUGGCUUGUCCUUUUACAAAGAGUCAGGAGUUCAAAUGUCUCUUCCACUUUGAUGAAGCUCACGGUCGGCUUUUUAUUGCCUUCAAUAACCAGCUAACGUUUUUGGUGAUGAAAAAUGAGACCAGCAAAAAGGUUACAAGUCAUGAAAAACCAGUCACUUGUGUGCUAUACAACUCAGUCUUCAAGCAGGUUAUAAGUUCUGAUACAGAAUCUACUGUCUCCUUCUGGAUGAUAGACACUGGGCAGAAAAUCAAACAGUUUACGGGUUGCCAUGGCAAUGCAGAAAUCAGCACCAUGGCCUUAGAGCCAAGUGAGAAGAGGCUUUUAACUGGGAGCCCAGAUGGUACAAUAAAGAUUUGGGAUUUCAAUGGACAUUGUCAUCAUACUUUGAAUGUGGGUCAAGAUCGAGCUGUGGAUAUUUCUCAAAUCCUAGUGCUAAAGAAGACUAUCCUAGUGGUUGGCUGGGAGAGGGCAAUUACUGUCUUCAGAUUUCAUGACUUCACUCCAUUUUUGGUUCAGCCUGAAGAAUGGAAAGGAGGGGCACAGCAUCGUGAGGAUAUCUUAUGUGCUGCGUUUUUACCUCCACAGACUCUAGUUACAGGGAGUUAUGAUGGGGAAAUUCUCAUAUGGAAUAACAGUACAGAAAAUGCUCACCAUAUCCUGCACCCAUAUCACCAACGACGGCUUCAUUCACAGUGGGAUGCAGAUGCUCAAAAGCAAUUUAGGGCUGAAGAAGGGCACCUUCUUUCCCUCUCUGCAGGGAAGACCCUUCUAGGACUUAACUCUUCUGAGAUUGACACCACCGAGGGAAAUCAUGCUGUUAUGAGACUUUCUUUCCUUGAAGCCAGGAAAAAUAUUGCGGUGACAGGAGGAGCCAACUUGGUAUCUUGUGGAGGAUCUGGUUAUGUCAGGUUCUGGAAUAUAUUUAAGAAACAGCUUGUGGCUCAGUUUGUGGCACACAGUGGAGCUGGACCCAUUAUCAUGACCACUGACAAGAUGAAUCAGCAUCUUGUCACAGGAGAUUCAAAUGGCUGCUUGAAAAUAUGGAACAUAGAGGAAUAUUGCCUUAAUUUCAAUGAGGACCAAGUUUUCCAGCCUCCGCCUCUGAUAAAAUCAUUUCAACCUCAUGAGGAUCGCAUCAGUUCUCUGGAGACUUGUGCACACAGCAGCCGAGUACUGAUCAUCGCCUCUUCUGCAGAUGGUAGCAUUUCCAUCAGUGACGUGUGGGGCUCUCUGAUUGGAAUAUUUGGUCAGAUGGAACACUGGAAAAUUAAGAAUAAUAUCCCCCUUCCUCAAAAAGAUAUAGGAGAAUUUCAAGCGGUGGAAGAUGUCCCAAGGGCAACUGCUUUACUGCCUGAGGAAGAACCUUUUUUGGUCUCCCCGGAACAAACUGGAUUUGAUAUGAAAGUUAAAGGUGACUCAACCAGCAUGCUCAACCUAGAGGAAAAUAAAAAUUUUUGCACAAGCUCUAAGGAAAGCAUAACUUUAAAGAAAAAAACAUAUGAUUUCUGCCAUGGUGGACUGAUACCAAAGUCAUCAAGUACAUUUAGGUCAUUACACAUUGGAGCCCUGGAGGAGGUGGCAGAGGUGAACAAACCUGAUUUCCUUGUCAAUCCUGAGAAAUACUUCGGGGAAAAACCAGAGGAGGGAUGCCCUAAAAACCAAGACAUUGCCUCAUUUGCAGAAACACUGAGAGCAGCAUUUGAUGAGAAAAGUCUGUUCCCCAAAGAAAUCCUGGAUCGGGAACGAAAAGCUAAGCAAUUAUGCCAGCAAACCUGCAGUAGAGGAAAGAUAAAAAGAAUUCGGAAGCAAAUAUCAUUGAAAGAAAAAUAAAUCUUUUGUUACAGGAGACAGAACAAGUUUAAAAGAACUGCUUAAAACCUCUGUGACCUUAAACUGAAGAAUAAACGUGAACAACAAAUACUUCAUUGACAGGAAUAUUUGCUUUGCUUGUACUUUUUUUUUUUUUUAAGUUUGGAAGUCAGUGCAAUUUUUUUUCCUUCUUCAAGAAAAAAAAAAAAAACAAGUUACUAAAAUGCUGACACCAGCCAUUUCACCAUGACACGAAUUCAUUGAGAUUUCUUCAAUGCAUCCCCAGGUUCCUCCACGACUGGAUACCAUGACAACUCAGAUAUUACUAAUUGAUGAUCUUCCUAAUCAUGCUAUAUGGACUUCUUUCUUUUUUAAUUAAUUUUUAUAAUAGCUUUUUAAUUUUUAAAAUAUAUACAGAUAGUUUUCAACAUUUACCUUUGCAAAACUUUGUAUUCCAAAUUUCUCUCUGUUUCUUCCCCCAAUCUCCUCCCCUAGACCGCAAGUAAUCCAAUAUAGAUUAAACAUGUGUAAUUUUUCCAAUUAUAUUUCCACAGUUAUCAUGUUGCACAAGAAAAAUCAGAUCAAAAAGGAAAAAAGAAUAGACUUGCUUCUUUCUUGUGUCUUCAUAUACAAAGAACUUUUCAGUUGACAUUUUAUAUGGCAAGAUUUGCAUCAGACUUGCUCAGAAUGAAUUCAAUAAACAUUUAUUAAAAUC